AAAACAUCCUUUCCGCCGGCCAGAGCAAAGACAAUACUUCCGGUCUGUGUGAGAAAGGCGGAAUCGGCGGCCCUACAGAGGGAACAAAGGACGAUUGACUGAGUUAACCAAUAUAAAAAUGGCCUGUUCCCCAUAACCCAAUCUGAAGCCACGAUGUCAAAACGACCAUCCUACGCCCCUCCCCCUCCCCCCGCCCCAACAACACAAAUGCCUUCCACCCCUGGGUUUGUGGGCUACAACCCUUACAGCCAUCUGGCCUACAACAACCUCCGGCUGGGAGGGAGCUCCGGAGGCUCCAGCAGGAACUCCUCAGGCAUCACUGUCCCAAAGCCUCCCAAGCCUCCAGACAAGCCACUGAUGCCUUACAUGCGGUACAGCCGGAAGGUAAGCAGGAAGGUAUGGGACCAAGUGAAGGCGUCCAACCCAGACCUGAAGCUGUGGGAGAUUGGGAAGAUUAUCGGAGGCAUGUGGAGGGACCUGACCGAUGAAGAGAAACAGGACUACCUGAAUGAGUACGAGGCUGAGAAGAUUGAGUAUAAUGACUCUUUGAAGGCCUACCACAAUUCCCCAGCCUACCUGGCUUACAUCAAUGCCAAGAACAGGGCUGAGGCUGCAAUGGAGGAGGAGAGCAGGCAGAGGCAGAGUCGUAUGGACAAAGGCGAGCCAUACAUGAGCAUCCAGCCCGCUGAAGACCCUGAUGACUAUGACGAUGGGUUUUCAGUGAAGCACACAGCAGCCGCUCGCUUCCAGAGGAACCACCGGCUCAUCAGCGACAUCCUCAGUGAGAUUGUGGUGCCUGACGUCCGCUCCGUGGUCACCACAGCCCGCAUGCAGGUCCUCAAGAGGCAGGUCCAGUCUCUUAUGGUGCACCAGAGGAAGCUGGAGGCAGAACUUCUGCAGAUCGAAGAUCGUCACCAAGACAAGAAGAGACGCUUCCUGGAGACCACUGACUCAUUCAACACUGAACUCAAGCGGCUGUGCAGUCAGAAGGUGGAGGUGGACAUGGAGAAGCUUGCAGCAGAGAUGGCUGCUGCUGAAGAGGCAGCCCGGCGCCGGGCAGAGGAGAGGGAGCGCGAGGCCGCCGAGCAGGCGGAGAAAGCUGCGCAGCAGGCUCAACAGCAGCAGCAGCAGCAGCAGCAGCAGCAACAACAACAACAGCAGCAGCAGCAGCAACAACAACAACAACAACAACAGCAGCAACAACAACAACAACAGCAGCAACAACAGCAACAGCAAGAGGCUGCUGGGAACAAAGCUGCAGAGCAGAGCAGUGCUAAUGCUAAAAGCACAGCUAACCCCACUUCAGGGACCAAGGAGGAAGACAUGCCCCCACCAGUGGCGACAGAUAAAGCAGCACCUGCAGAGACCUCUUCAGAACCACAUCCUGCUCCACCUCCCGCAUCUGAUCCUCCCUCUUCUGCCUCUGAUAAAGCAACUCCUCCCCCUGAGCCUCCCAGGGAAAGCAGCACUCCAAGCAGCAGCACCCCGAGUGACGACAGCAGCAGCAGCAGCAGCAGCAGCAACAACAACAGCAACAGCAACAGCAUGCCCGCUCCACCCUCAGACAGCACCCCGGGAGUAGCAGCCCCAGAACCCCCAGUGGCUCCGGAAGCUAAUUCCAGUGCAGCUAACCCUAACGUUGUGUCUGCAGCACCUCCACCUCCCCCUGCCUCAGAAGAACCAGCUCCUCCUCCACCACCACUACUACCCCCUAGCCAGAGCAGCCAACAGUAUGAUAUGUAAUAGUCGAUGUGUUAGGUACACAGUGGUAGCUGUAGAAAUCCUCCCUGUGCUGCAGCCCCCCACCUCUGGAUGGAGCGGCAGGUGUGGAAGAAGUGGGAUUUGUAUGGUGGCUUUUAACACACAGUGCUGAAUGGCUGAGGGUCUGUUAGUAAGGUCAGCAAAUAGUUAACAUGUAUUUCACACACGAGCUACUGUAUGUAGGGUUUUCAUCAACUAGCUUCAUGCAUCUGGACCAAACAAGGGGAAAUUAGGAUUUUGCUUAAAUCUGCGCAUGUUUCCUUUAAAUUUAUUCAGCAAAUGUGAGUGGGUUCAGUGAAAUGUCACCAAAGAGUACAAGAUUUGACCAGACUGAGUUUGUACUCCAGGCAUCAUACGAGCCGUUCUUCUUUUCUAAUUGUGUCACUGAAAGGAUUUUUUUUUUUUUUUUCAUUUAAAAUAACCUCACACAGACUGAUGCUAGAGGGAUGUUACACUGCAAAUGGUUAGCAAUAACCCUACUAGCUGCUGGGACAUCAUUGUACAGGUAUCUCACUCAACACCUUACCUAUUCUGCUCCUGCUUAUUGUCCAAAAUCCAUCUGUUACCUCAGAUACAUUUCCAGUUGUCAGGGUCCACAUUCACAACGUUGAUAGUAAUGCUCAUUCUGAAUAGGGCUGCAACUAACCAUUAUUUUCAUUAUGAAUUUAAUAUGGCGGUUAUUUUCUCAAUCUAUAAAAUAUUUGAAUUCAAACUUCCCAGGGUCCACAGCAACAUCUUGGUUAUCAGGGCACAGUUAAAUGUUGCAGAGGUUGGGUGAGCCCAGCAUUCAUGUUAAUCACUGGGCCCUGUGCCAUCAUAAAUCCUCCUGCCUCGUGGAAGGGAACACCAUUCUUUCUCCCUGACUGGCCGCACCUUUAAACUGACUUGAAGUGGUAGUUGGGGUUAUUUGAUGUGGGGUUGUGUGAGGCAUUCAUCUAUAGUCGGUGUGUUGCCUGCAGUAGAUUCAGAUCGGCGAUCUGCCAGGUUUCGAGAAGCAGUCCCCGAGCACAGACGCUGAGCGAUGAGCUGCUGCAAAGUAAAUGUGUUUCAGCUACUUUAAAAAAUGCUCACAGAAAAAGCUAAUAUCAGUUUAAUUGUUGCUUUAAUUUGAAAUUUUUCAUAGCUUUAUCUGCUGUCAAACAGCCCUUUACUUUAGAACUACAGUUUGUGAACCAUUGAACUAUAUUACUACGCACAAGUGCAAUCUGCAGCUCUGUUUGAGUCAUAAACGGCUAAGCAUAGGUGCGUAUGUGUGUAGGAAUACAGUAGUUCAACAGUUGAAAAAAAUAUUUAGUUUCAAAGGAAAGGGCUCUUUGAUGGCAAAAUAAAGCAGUGAAAAUUUCUCCAAAAAAAGCAACACUUAAACUGAUACUAGCUUUUUUUUUGUGGGCAGCUCAUCACUCAGCUUCUGUACCGGUGUUUCUGCUGCUUCCCUUAACUCACAGCGCACUGAUCUGAAUCUAGUGCAGGCAACACACUGACUAUAGAUAACUGCCUCACACAACCUCGCAUCAAAUAACUCGAACCAUCACUUUAACGUGCUUUUAAGCAAACAGUAAACAUUUAGCGGCUUCACACACCUUUUGAAAUGUCUUGUUUUCGACCAACAGCCCAAAACCCAAAGAUAAUCAGUUUACAAAUUGUGAUGGGGAAAAGCAGAACACUUUCACGUUUUGAGAGGCUGGACAUUUUUGCUUGCAGCAAGUUACUGAAAUGAUUAAAUGAUUAUCAGAAUAGCUGCCUAUUAUUUUUCUCUUGAUAGAUGAAUCACCUUGGCUCUAAUUACAUCUCCCUGCUGUUGUUAGAAGGGGAGUCAUGUCAUGUAGCAGUGUGUACAUUGUUCUAUGGUACAAACUUGUCUGUGAUACAAAGUAAAGACACCGGGAUGAAGUGACUUUAGGAGUUGUUUGCAGGGAGAAGGCAUUGCUGUUUUUUUUGUUUUUUUUCAAAUACAUGCAUAACUUCCACUGUGUAGACUUAAUACUGAAAUGUUUGAAUACUCCUCAGUUCUCAUGUAUAAACCUUUAAAUCAGCCCUUGUACUUUUCUGAAAUAAGACCACAGGGGUUUGAUUAUAUAUUUCACGUUCAGCGCUGGGCGGAUUUUCUGGUGUUGACGGUCAACAAUGCAUGAAAGGCCCCAACACCCCUCCGCCUUCCCUUUUAAAACACCUGAAUUUUCUACUUCGUCAUUUUGUUUGAUGUGCAAAACAACUACUGUUAGUUCUACUUUGUGUUUUUAGAGAUCUAGUGGAACCUUUUAGACAAAUAUAAUCAAAUUCAGCCUUCGUAUUAAACCUGUACUCUUUGAAACAGAUGCCAUUUCUAAGACAUUUCAGUUUAACUGGAGACGACACGUCUUGGUCGUCGUGGAAGUGACAAGUUUCCAGGUCUGGGGGAAGCCACGUUUUAAUUAUUUGUGCACCGAUAGUCUGCAUGCUAUACUAAAUACUAACCAUCAUCCUGUAAGCAUUUGAACAAUAACUGAAGUUUUAGUGAAAGAGUUGAGGCUGAGCAAAACUGUUGAAAUUUAAAUGUAGGACAAAACUCAUAAUGUGCGCAAGAAACAGAAAAAUUAAGUGAUGGGCUCGUUCGUCUCUGAGGUGCCUCUUAUAAUCUGUGGAUGAUAAAAAUGACCUGUGUUGAGUAUAAAAAGUCAAUAUGGAUGUUUGUUCCCUGUAUUCAUCACAUUUAUGUAGAAAGAGCUGACACAUACUCAAUUAGCAUUUAAUCUGUAACGUUUAAUCUGUAAGAGUUUCUCUACAAGUUGAGACCAUUUUCUUAAAGACUGCAUUGCUCCUUUAGACUGGAUAUUCCCGUUAACACCACAAGUGUUCAACAACUUCAGCAGAGAAAUGCACAGGCUACCCUCAUCCAAAUGUAACCUCAGUCACUUAUGCAUUUAAAGGACUAUUUUCUUACUUGAAUUGGACUGUUUUUAGUAAUAUGCCUCUGUUUUUUGCAUCUUUUUUUUGUACUGUCUAAACUUAUCUAUCCAAAUAAAGGUGAUUUCUCAGUC